AUGCGGGCGUCGUCGUCGUCGUCCAACGUGGGUAUUCGCCUCCCUUCCCCUUCCAAUCUCCUCCGCUGUUCUCGGGGUGCUUCUUCUGGGACUUUUAUACUGCGCUUUACAUCACUUGUUGAGGACAUGAUGAUGGUGGAGUUAAGCAAAGUUCUGAGAACUCCUGUUGCGGAGAUAAGUUCCAAGAGGGAGUUCUUUGGUGCACCUCAACAGGAAGUGGAAAAGAAGGCAUACUCACAGGAAGGAUGUGCUCAUGUAAAGGAGUUGCAGGAAGGAGGUUUUCAAACAAAGGAGACGUACACAAUAGGUCCUAAUGCAAAGAAGUUGCAUUUAGCAGCUGCUAAUGCUAAGAAGUCAUGUGCAGCACCUAGCCACAGUCCUACUGUGCUACUUCAGGGAAAUGUAGAUUCUACUUUGAUGGAUGAUGAGGGCAUUUCCGUGGAUGAUGAAGUCCUUGUGGAUAUUGAGCUGAGGGCUGAAGCUGAUGCACAGGAAGCAGCCAGAAAGACUCAAAGUGAGGAAUCUUUAGUUGAUCCUAUUUUUUAUGCUGACACUUCCACUGCACAAAUUCCAGUUGAUGAUUAUGCAGAUGUUAAGUUCAACAUUGUGUAUGACAAUGAAAAUCCAAGGAUCAAAGUAAAUGAAUAUUUCCCUUCGAUGGAGAACUUCAGGAUGGCACUGAGACAGCAUGGAAUAAAGAAGGGGUUUCAGGUGCACAAAAUCAAGACGGAUAAGACUAGGUAUAGAGCUGAGUGCAAGGCAGAAGGCUGUCCAUGGAGAAUUGUGGCACGCAAAUUGCGGGACGGACCAACUGUUGUGAUUAGCAUGAUGCCUCAAGAGCACAAUUGCAUAUCUACUAGUAACCCUGUUACCUCAAUGGCAUCACAAAGCUGGGUUGCAGAGAUGGCUGCUGAUUGGUUGAGGGAGAGUCCAGAACUAGGAGCAAAAGAGUUGCAAGAGAAACUGCAGGAGGUGUAUAGUGUAGAGGUUAGCUAUGCUACAGUAUGGGGUGGAAGACAGAAAGCAAUGAACAAGAUUUUUCAAUCUUGGGAAGACACUUUUCAGACAUUGUACAAUUUCAGGGCUGAACUUCUUUCCUUGUCUCCGGGCUCAGUUGUGGAGAUUUGCACUAAGAUAUGUGGAGAUGAUGUCCACUUCGACAAGCUUUUCUUUGCUCUGGAGCAAUGCAUAGAUGGCUUCAAAACAGGCUGUAGACCUGACAUUGCACUCAACUACACAGACUUGGCUGGCAUCUACUCAGGGAAAUUAGCAUGUGCUUGUGCGCUUGAUGGUCACAAUUGGAUGUACCCUGUCGCAUGGGCCAUUUUUGACUCUACUUCAAAUGAUAACUGGACUUGGUUCAUGGAGCAAUUGAAGAAGGCUAUAGGGAAUCUACCAGGAUUAACAAUUUCUGCUGAUGUUGGUGAUAAUAAUCUAACUGAAAGUUUCUUAGAAUGGACUCUGAACAUAAAGGGCAUGCCUUUGGUUGACUUGAUUGAUAAGUUGAGGCAGAUGACAAUGGGGGUUUGGUACAAAAGGAGGUGUAUUGGAAGCAAGCUCUCUGGCCAUAUUCUCCCUGCAGUUAUCCAACAACUUAAUACACAAAUAAGGAGUUUGAGAAACAUCAAGGUCUCUAAAUGCGGGUUGCAGACCGGUGAAGUUUCUGGCAGCUCUCAGGACAUGGUGCCAUGGAGGCACGUGGUGGACUUGGACAAGCACACCUGCAGCUGCGGGGAGUGGCAACUAACCAAGAAGCCCUGCCUCCAUGCUCUGGCAUGGAUAACCACGGAGACAAAUGCUGACGUGGAAUCCUUUGUCCAUGACUACUACUCUGUUGAGUGGUUUAGGGCUGCAUAUAGCGGUAUAGUUCCACCCAUGACAGACAAGUCGCAGUGGCCUCAGGUGGACCCUGGUUUCAAGCUGCUGGCACCGCAGUUGAAGUCAGGACUUGGGAAGAGGAAGUACACAACCAAGACAAGCGAGGAACCAUGCGCUAGUAAACAGUGUGGAGAAAUUGAACAUCGUGAGAAGGGUUGCACGCUGCAUUGCCCGAAGAAGAGGAAGAGAUGCCAAGCUGAAGAGGGCAGGAAGGUUGAGUACGACGCUAACUGA